ACCGGUGGUGCAGUGUGUCCUCCUCUCCACCUGAAAACGAAGUUCACAACUUGUGUGCUUUACGCCGACUCACUCAAACUGGAUAAGGUUUAAAGUGCGAGACAUCGGGAGCCACCAUGAAGGUUUUUGUAACGAGGCGAAUCCUGCCGGAGGGUUUCAACAUACUGUCGGCGUCCGGAGUGUGUGAGGUGUCUAUGUGGGACUCGGACGAGCCAGUGCCGAGAGAUGAGCUGCUGAAAGGGGUGCAGGGAGCCUCUGGUCUACUCUGUUUACUCUCGGACAAGAUCGAUGCUGAGGUCCUGGAUGCAGCAGGGCCCAACCUGAAAGCCAUCAGCACCCUCUCGGUGGGCUAUGACCACUUAGAUAUGGUCGAGAUAAAAAAACGUGGGAUACGAGUGGGCUACACUCCUGAUGUCCUGACCGACGCCACCGCUGAACUGACCGUUGCUCUGCUGCUGGCCACGGCACGGAGGUUACCCGAGGCCGUGCAAGAAGUUAAAAAUGGUGGCUGGACCCAAUGGAAGCCUUACUGGCUGUGUGGUUAUGGACUUUCAGGCAGCACAGUGGGAGUUAUCGGACUUGGGCGCAUCGGUUUGGCAAUAGCUCGCAGGCUGAUGCCCUUCGGAGUGAAGCGUCUGCUGUACUCGGGGAGAACUGCUAAACCAGAGGCUGCUGAGCUCAACGGAGAGUUUGUUCCCCUCGACACGCUUGUUUCAGAGAGCGACUUCAUCGUCGUGUCUUGUUCUCUGGCGCCGGAAACCAGGGGGUUAUGUGACAGGAACUUUUUUGGAAAGAUGAAAAAAAGCGCUGUCUUCAUCAACACAAGCAGAGGAGCAGUGGUGAACCAGGAAGACCUGUAUGAUGCUCUGAGCAGCGGACAGAUUACCGCUGCUGGUCUUGAUGUCACAACACCCGAGCCCCUCCCAAAAGACCACCCGCUUCUGACUCUAAAAAACUGUGUGGUGUUGCCACAUAUUGGAAGUGCCACAUAUGCCACCAGAAUGACCAUGACGUCCUUGUCUGCCCACAACCUGCUGGGAGGGAUCCAGGGAAAGGAGAUGCCGAAAGAACUGUUCUUCUAGAAGGUGUCAUCUCGCAGGCUGCUGCUGGUGAGAGGAAACAGUCGAGGGGAAGACGUGAAUAUACCGUCCGUUGACUGUUCUGUUGCCAAAACUGUGAAAAAUCAGUUGUAAUGCACUCCAUAAUAAGUUAAAAAAGAAGUUUGUCAUCUGUUCUCACACACUGCCCUUCGCAUAGCACCUCCUCUGGAGGGUACUGACCACUGCAAACUGACAAAAAGAAAGAAAAAAAAACACAAUGUUGGACGAGGUAAUAAUGUUAUGGUGCACUUAUAUUUUAAAAUAAAAUCUUUUCAC